AUGUGGCCCAACACUAGUGCUGGCCCUUUUCUGCUGACUGGCUUCCCAGAUAUGGAGGCAGCUCACCACUGGAUUUCCCUCCCUUUCUUUCUCAUCUAUGUCUCCGUGCUUCUAGGCAACGGCACGCUCCUCCAUCUCAUUAAAAGCGAUUGCAGACUCCAGGAACCCAUGUACUAUUUCCUUGCCAUGCUGGCGCUCACAGAUCUCACAGUGACUCUGACCACGAUGCCUACUGUAAUGGGGGUCUUAUGGGUGAAUCACAGGGAGAUCAGCCACGGGGCCUGCUUCACACAGGCCUACUUCAUUCAUUCCCUUUCCAUUGUCGAAUCAGGUGUCUUGCUGGCCAUGGCCUACGACCGUUUCGUUGCCAUCUGUGCCCCUCUGAGGUACAGUUCUAUUUUCACCAAUUCCAGGGUGACGAAGAUAGGACUGGGGGUAGUGUUGAGGGGGUUUAUAUCUCUCAUACCCCCAAUUGUGCCCCUCUACUGGUUCCCAUACUGUCAUUCCCAUGUCCUUUCCCACGCCUUUUGCCUCCACCAGGAUGUCAUGAAACUUGCCUGUGCCGAUAUUACCUUUAAUCACUUGUACCCAGUUAUUCUGGUUGCUUUGACUUUCUUUCUGGAUGCCCUAAUCAUUGUCUUUUCUUAUGUCCUAAUCCUUAAGACAGUGAUGGGCAUCGCCUCUGGAGAGGAGCGAGCGAAGGCCCUCAACACUUGUGUCUCCCACAUUAGCUGUGUGCUGGUGUUCUACAUCACUGUGAUCGGCCUGACCUUCAUCCACAGGUUUGGGAGACACGCCCCACACAUGGUCCAUAUUACCAUGAGCUACGUCUACUUUCUGUUUCCUCCAUUCAUGAACCCUAUCAUAUAUAGCAUCAAGACCAAGCAGAUUCAGAGAAGCAUCAUGUGCCUAUUUUCUAUACAUAAAAGACUUUGAGCCAUUACUUC